AUGGCAGACCCCUUCGACGCAGCCCUCGACCUCCUCCGCCGCCUCCCCCCCUCCAGCACCCAACAAAACCUCUCCAACCUCAUCUCCCUCCGCCCAGACCUAGAAGAAGACCUCCUCUCCUCCGUCGACGUGGCCCUAACAUCCAAACGCUGCAAGAAAACCGGCCGCGACUUCCUCUGCUGCGACUACAAUCGCGACGGCACCUCGUACCGCUCCCCCUGGAGCAACGAGUUCGAGCCCCCGAUAGAACCCGAGGAUGCGGCGGAUUUGAUCCCGGGGGGAAGGGUGAGGAGGAUGGAGGAGGCGGUCAAUGCGGGGGUGGAUGUUUAUCGCGAGUUGUAUUAUGAGGGCGGGGUGAGCUCGGCGUAUUUGUGGGCGUUGGAUGAGGGGUUUGCUGGGGUGGUGUUGUUUAAGAAGACGGCGGCGGGGGUGGGGAAGGGGGGGUGGGAUAGUAUUCAUGUUCUUGAGGUUACGGAGGCGGCGGGGAAGCGGUCGGCGCAUUAUAAGCUUACGUCUACGGUUAUAUUGGAUUUGGGCUUGUCGUCGGCUGCGGUGGACAGUCUGGAAUUGGCGGGCAACCUCACACGGCAGACGCAGUCGGAUCUGCAGCUGGGACUGCGGGAUUCAGAGGUCGAGCAGUCGCAUGUGGUGAAUAUUGGCCGCAUGGUGGAGGAUAUGGAGACGCGGAUGCGGAAUCUGCUGCAGGAGGUUUACUUUGGCAAGGCCAAGGAUGUCGUGGGGGAUCUGAGGAGUAUACAGCCUUUGAGUGAGGUGGGGAGGGAGAGGGAGGCGCACAAGGAUGUUAUUAAUAAGAUGGGUCGAUGA